AUGUCGCAGUCUAUUGUCUCGGUCCAGCUGAAUGGAUCUGACUCCCACUCGGUGGUUUCCUUGCAGCUCAGACGUCCCCGUGGACCCACGUUUCCUCCAGACUUACAGGUGCAGGCGGCUGCCAGGCGCCACAGAGAGCGCGGCGUCAGCGGCUCCCUGUCUGUGCACGUGUCUGGCGAGGAGCUGGUUCUGCUGGAGGCCAGUGCGAGCCAGGACAGCCGGAGGAACACCCGGGGCUGGGGUAUGAGCGUCCUCCUACACCAGGAGGUCCUCAGAGCCCCCAGGGCUGUUCAGCUGCAGCUCUCCAGCAAGGUCGCCCCAGCCAGGAUCUGGCUGUUUUCCAAAGCCCUGCUGGACCAGAACACAGUGCAGCUUUUCCUCAAGGCCUCUGAGGAGCGGAGAGGAAGCCGGGUCCUGACCCUGCGGAGCCAAGCCCAGCACACAGUGGCCGCCUGGGCAGCCCUGCCCCGUCUUCUGACCGUCGUGGGGGUGCUGAAGCAGAAGGAGGUGCUCCGAGAGGGUACUGUCAAGGUCACUGCUGACUCAGCUGUGCUGGGAUUCCUCUUGCGGGACAAGCAUGAGAGGGCGGGGAACAGCACCAGCAUGCACAGUGUGACCUGCACCCUUGCCCAGAACAGCAGCCAGGCCUUGCCAGCAGAGCUCCGGCUAAGUGGGCGGCUGCAGGCCCAGACGGGGAGCCUCGGGGGCCAGGCCAGUCUCCGUGCUGACACGGCCAGCCUGGCCCUGGGUGGGGCCUGCACCUGGGGCCCUGGGCACGGCCAGCUCUCUGGUAGCCUGAGUCACAACAUCAGCGCUUUGAGUGAGGCAGGGCUCUCCUCCGAGGCAGGGAUACUCCUGUCACACACCCACGUGGCUUCCAACUUCUCAGUGAGCAUGAAGCUGCGAAGUUCCGGGGGUCAGCUGGAUGCGGCCCUUGGCCUGGAGGGCGUGGCCACCAGCGCACCAGGCAGCCAGCUCCGCAGCAGCCUCAGCCACACGGUGCCCGGCCUCAGGCGCUGGGGCCUCCCCUUCUCCUUGGAUGGCCGUGGACACUUGCAGAGCUUGGGACCCAGUCUGGAGGCAGGGCUGGUGGUGAGCGUGGAUGGCGAGGAACUUGGUGGAGGCCUGGAGAAGAAGGGAGCAGGUGACCGCCGGGAGCUGACCCUGGGGCUGUACCCCAGCCACGUGAGGCUCCAGAAUCCAGCUGUGCUGACACUGAACGGCUCCUUCCUGGUGCACACCUUUGGGGCCAGCCUGGUGGCUCAGGUAUCAUCUGGGGACACCUUCGCCCGAGCCCACAUCCACUCAGCCUGUGGCCACCGUGCUCACCUGGACACUGGCCUCCAGCACGCGUGGCCUCCACUUCAGGCACUGGGAGUUCCCCCCAACAACCACAUCCGAGUGUCCAUGUGGGAAGAUGAACCCCCUCGGGCCCAGCUGGAGGUGGCCCUGGGCCUGUGCACCCUGACCGCCCGUGGGGACUUCAGAUCAGAGGCCAGCGUCACACACAACUGGACCCUGGCCCUGGUGAAUCACUGCCCUCUGCUGGAGGCGACAGGAAUCCCGCGGGCCCUGCGCUCUGAGGGCAGCCUAAGCUGGGGCCCCUGCGAGUUCGACCUGACCACGGACUUCCAUAGUGACUGUGGAGAUGCCCACCUGCAGUUGGCCCGUACCUGCGGGCCCCACACCUUGGUUCUGGGGCACCUGACCCACUCCCUGCCCCUGCUGGGCCGACUGGGCCUGCCACCCCAGAGUGCCAUCAGCCUGACCGUCCAGCCUGGCCCUGCCCCCCACAGCUCCCUGUCCCUCCAGAUGGGGCCGUGCCGGCUGCAGGGUGCCCUGGGGCAGCACACGGAGAACCAGAGCACGUGGAUACUGGCCACCGAGCCGGGUUGCCCGCUGCUGGAGCUGCAGUUUUGUUGUUACUGUAAUGGGAGAGGAGUGGGGGUGAGGAAGAGGGUUGAAGAUGGAGAAUCAGGCCACUCGUUGGUGUGGGACCACCCUCUGACCCCUCUCUCUGGGGUCCAGCAGGGCCUGGGCCUCCCAGCAGGGACACAGCUCAGCGACUCCCUGCAGGCCUUGGGUGGGGAAGCAGAAGCAUCAGGGGUCCUUGUGGCGGCCAGCCAGACUGCUUCCUUGACCUUGGCGGUGACCCUGCACCCAUCCGAGGCCACACUCCGAGCGAAACUGAGGCCCACGCUGCCUGCACCACACCCGCUUCCCCCGGAGACCUCGCUGGCCGUCCAGUGUGGGUGGGAGGCCAGGUACCAGCUGCGCCUGGAGCUGCACACAGGGGCCUGUGAACUUCAGGGCAGUGGUGAGCUGCAGCUGGACCGCCGGCUGCAGUGGCAGGUGGUGGCCGAGAGCUCCUGCGAGGGCCUGCAGGCCCUGGGGGUCCCAGGCCGAGUCAACAGCUCCGGCUACGUUGCAGUGAACUCCACAGCCAUGGAUGCUCAGGCGCUGGUCACCAUGGAUGCCAGCACACUACGGGGGCUGCUUGUCCUCAGCACCACUGAGACCCAGCAGGAGGUGAACUUGCUGCUCACACACAACCUGCCUCAGCCCAACCCCUUGGCCCUCCCAGCCCAGAUCCUGCUGUACCUGACCAACAAGAGGCUCGGGCCCAGCUACAGACACACCCGGCAGGUCGGAGUGGAUGGCAAAGAGGUCUCCAUGGACGUUGACAGCAGCGGCGCUGGCUUUGAGAAUUCAGGACGCGUCUCAUCAGGGUCCACGUCUCUGAAUUACUCCGUGAGCUGCCGUCACCGCGAUGGGCACCUGGAGUUCUCUGGUUGGAGCGAGCACAACAGCUGGGCCCUGCAGCAGGCGGGGUUCCCGGAAGAGGCCCGCCUGGGCGCUGAGCUGCAGAUGCAGAAGACCCAGACACAGGCCCGUGUGGUCCUCCAAGGCGGGGGCGAUGGGAUCAGCAUGGACACGGCAGCCCUGGUGGCCCGGCCAGUGAAUGGCCCCCUGGAGCUGGUGGUGAAUGUCAGCCACACGGCACCUCUUCUCCGGAGGCUGGGCCUGCCCUUUGCCAGCCAGCUCAUGUUCCGGGAGCUCUGGGAAAAGGAAGAGAUGCAUUCUUCCCUGCAGCUGACGUGCGAUUCUCAAACCAGCCUGGUCCUCAACAUCCAAGGCCACAACCAGGCACUCAGCAAAGAGCUGCAGCUCUCCGGCCAGCAUCACCUCCCCGUCCUCCUCGGCCACUGCCCCAGCAGAGCCUCUGCCUCAGCCAAGCUACGAUACUCUGAGGGUGGAGCCGAGGGCACAUUUGUGUUGAUGAUGGAGGAGCAUCAUUUCCACAUGGGCGCUGGGCUCGCAGCUGCUAAGAACAGCCUUACCAACAUCAUCAAGCUGGAGCAGACCUUCCCCCAGUUCCAUGCCCUUCCUGGGGAGCUGAUCCUUCAGACCUCAUACGAGCGAGCCCGUGGCACCCAAGUCCUGCACCAUAUAGUGCUGUGGGACGGGCAGGGCAUGGCCCUCAAGGGGAGCCUCAAUGGGAGCCUCUCCAUGUCCUUCCUCAAGCCUGCUGGGACCCUUGGUCUGCAGGUGGAGCUCACCCACCUGCUGCCCCUGCCCUUGCCACGGCACUGCAGCUUCCGCCUGACCUCCGAGCAUUCGACACGCCAUCACCAGGAUGACCUGGUUGUGGGCUGGGACGGCAAGGACCAGGUGGCGCUGUCCUCCUCUCUGCGGCGGGAGAAGGGCAAGCUGGCCGCCCGCCUGGCCCUGGUUCACCCCUUCAGCCUCUCCUGGUGGCGGGCCGAGGCCAGUGGCCUUGCUGAGAGCAGAGGCGGCAGGCAGAGCCGGCAGGUGCAGCUUGCCUGGAACGGAGGGCAGCCGCUGGCCUUGCAGCUCACCUGGGCCGACAGGUCCUCGGCGCAGAGCGCCUCCUGGGAUGGUUGCGUGGCUGCUUCCCCGGGGCAGCUCCAGGACACCUGGGGCCUGGGCGCCCUCAGGGCCUGUGGGGCCUUAACGCAGACCCCAGCUGUGCUCAGCGAGUGGCUGGAUCUGUCCUGGGAUGGACGCCGGGUGCGGCAGAACCUGACGUACGAGAGGCGCCAGCCGUCCCUCCCAGACAGGAUCCAUGCAGAGACCGUGCUGGAGCAUGUCCUCGGGGCCCCCUGCUCCACACAGAGUUUCCAGGGGGACGUGGAGAUGGACCAUGCCCACUGGCUGCGCCACUCCCUGCAGCUGGGGCUCUGCCACCUGCCCAGGGCCCUCUUGGUCUCUGGGGAGCACACCCUGGGCAGUGGUGAGCUCCUGCUACAUUCCAGAUGCCAGCUAGGCCUCGCCCCAGACCCAGAUCACGGCCUGCACCUCAGCCUGAUGCUCCGCAACCACAGCAGGCCCCGGACGCAUGACUACUCCGGGGAACUGGAGCUCCGUGGCCCCAAAGCUCAGUGGCUUGGCCUGCUGGGCCGCGUCUCCACCUCGGCUUCUCGAAGCCUGCUCCAUCUGGAGGGAAGCGUGGACGACGGGGAUGAGAAAGUAAGGCUGUCAGUGUCUCGGGCCCUGAACUGCCUCCAGGCCUCAGUGGCCCAUGAGGAAGGGAGCCAAGAGGAGAGCGUGCUGCUGCGGGCUUGCGCCCACAGGCGGGCGGCAGAGGUGGAGGCCCUGCUCCAGGACCAAGGGCAGCCUGUCCAGCCGCUGGUUCGCUUGACCCUGGAGGCUGCCAACCAGAGCCUUCGCUUGGCCGCACGCGGCUGCCAGGGGACCCUGCUGGGCCACGUGGAGCGUGGCAUGCGGGUCUGCAGCCCUGCUGCUGGCAUCGAGAGCUUUCUGCCCGCUGUAUUCCCGGGGGGCCAGCCUGUCCCUCUGUGUCUGCAGUCCAGGCUGGCUGCUCUCGGGUCCCAGGCGCAAGCCGGGCUGGAGGAGAGGAUCCACAGCUUGGACGCCUACGUGAGACGGUUCCAGCGCCUGGUGCAGCCAGCGGGUGCCCUGGAUGGCAUGGCCGGCCCACUUCUGCAGCUGUGCCAGACGGGGCUGGGGGCCGUGCGGGACAGUGGCCGGGCGGUGGCCACGCUGUGGGGCCUGAGCCCCGCUGGGCGGGCACUCACCCUGCACGUGCUGCUCUCCCUGGAGAGGCUGCGGGCGGGGCUGGAGCAGCUGCGGAAGGAGCUAGAACGGCCCCUGGCCACGCUGAAGGACGCCUACCUGGAGGUGACGGUGCAGCCCCUGGAUGGUGUAUGGCGAGAGCGGGCAGAGGAGGCCCUGCGGCAGCUGCAGGCCUGGGUGUCCGGGACGCCGGGCACCUGGGGGUCUGGGCCCCUCGGGGCAGUGCUGGAGGCCACAGGGGGCGCCCUGGAGCUGGCCGCCCACCGGAUGCUGUCUUGGGCCGACGCCACGCUCUCACGGGCACUGAGGCGGCUCUGCAGACCCCUGUUGGACCUGUACAGCUUCUCGGCCAGGGACCGCUCAGUGGUGGUAACGCUGCCGAUGCUGCCGGCAGGGGACGAGCCCCUGGAUGUGGCCCACGUGACCAGCCACCUGGUGGAAGAGCUGCUGCUGCGGCCACUCCGAGCACUGUACGGGACCAGCGUGCUGGCCGAGUACCACCGGCUCAAACAUGGCCUGCUGGGGGCCCCCUCUGGAUACCACGCUGUGGUGGCCGGGGCCAGGUACGUGGUGACCUUUGACGGCCAGGUGUGGGGCAUUGGGGACCACUGUGGCAGCCUGCUGCUGGCCCAGGACUUUGCUCACGACACGUUCUCGCUGAUGCUAAACCAGGCGGGCUCGGGGCUCACAUCGCUGACCGUGGGGCUGAAUCACACCAUCCUCGUCCUCUACCCCAGCCUGAAGACCUACAGGCUGUACAGCAACUCCCUGCCUGGGGAGAGCUGUCUGGACAGGGACCUGCCUCCCGCCAAGACCAGGAGGGACGACCCCAGGAUUGAACUGACCAGUGAGGACGGCGUCUCCAUCACCUGUGACGUUCCCGCCAGCCUCUGCAGCCUGACUCUGAGCAUCUGGCAGCACGGCCUGUCUGCCGGCCUCCUGGGCACCAAUGACAACGAGGCUGGCAACGAGCUGAUGCUGCCGGACGGCACGGUGGCCAGCAGCCUGGAGGAGUUCACCCUGGCCUGGCAGGUGGCUGGUGACUGCAGAGCCGUGGAGAAGACUCAGCUGGCGUGCCUGGAACAGAGCCCCACCUGCCAGGCCUUCUUCCACGACCCCCACUCCAGCCUGGCGAGCUGCUUCGGAGUGGUGGACCCAACACCCUUCCUCAGCCUGUGCGCCCGGGACACCUGUGGCACCCAGGAGCACCAGCCUGCUUGCACCCUGGCCGCCGCCUACAUCCACCUGUGUGCCAGGGGCUUCGUGCCCAUGGACCUGCCUCCACAAUGUGUUUGAGAUUCUGCCUGAGCCAGCACCAGGCUUGCCAAAGAUCUGAGACUUCCUCUCCUGCCACAAUCCCAUCUCAUCCAGCUACAAUCUCAUCUCAUCCAGCAAGGUCAAGGUUCUUGUCUGGGGUAGAAUGAUGAGCACAAAAUACCAGUAAGUCAGAGAAGAUCAGGACUGAGAUGGAUCCAGGAAAGAAGGGCUGUUAGUGAUUUUGAAAUACCUCUGGGGGCGAUGGAGCCCUCACUGGUCUGGAUACUUCUCCGUCUCCCUCAGCACCUGCCCUGUGAUCCAGGAGACAGCCUGGCCCGCUGGUUCCCGCUCUGGAGAGGGAAUGCCACUUCGGAACUGUUCUCGCCUGCGAUAUUUCUUCACUCGCCUGGCUAUUUCUGAAGCCUCUGCUGUAUGAGUCAGGCUGCCCCAGGUCUUCCUAGCUUGGGAUUGGCUUCCCCUGAGGCCUGAGGUUCCUUGAGGGGAACGGAUGGUCCCAAAUCCCUUAAUCAAAGCCUGGCUGGGUGCUUCCCUCUUGGCAUAGAUCCUGUUUCUAAGGCUGAAUGUUCCGGGGGACCGGUUUCCACGGACCUGUGCUCUGGGCAUUCAGCCCCCAAGGGUACAGCCUGCAGAGUUGUUCACUUCCUUUGGGGGAAGGCGUUGCCCUUGAAAAAUUAAAGCUGGCAGAAUCCAAGCACACAUGUGUUAGAUUGGUGGAGUCGGCUGUUCCACUGGAGGGAUGGGGUGGAGGG